UCCAAAAAAUGUUCCUUGCCUCUGAAAGUUCUCUCGAAUGCUUAGCUUUUUCUGCCUUUAUGUUAAGCUUAUUUAUUUUUAUUAAUAAAGGAUUUGCUACAAAAGGAUUUUUUUUUAACGAACGUGUCACAGUGAAUUUCUCCUAUUUUUUUUUUUUGAAAAGAGGAAGAAACAAAUUCGAUUUUCUCUCCUAUUUACUACGACGACGAAGAAUCAAAUUAUCCUCAACGGGCUUGAUUCCUCUCUUUGUAUACUUAAGAUCAUCACGCUCUACGUGUCAUCCCAAGGAGUGAAGACCACCGGGAGCAGGUUUUGUUUAACCGCAGAUGAUAACAACCGUCGCUUUUAAAAUAGAAAAAUAAAUAAAUAAUCGAAAAACCCCGUCUUCGCUCGUCCCGUCUCUCUCACACUACUCCAUCCCUGUCCUCUGUGUUCCCUUUUUCUUUCUUCUUCAAACGUAAGUCGCUUUCAUUACUACAACAGCUCACUCCCGCCGUCGCCGGUGAAAUUCCGCCGGCGAAGUUAACGGAGAAAACGGUUAUCAUCGAUUUCCGUUACUAUUAUCUUUCAUUUUCUACUGUUGGACGGAAAUUAUAAUCGUUUGGUAGAAAAUGGCUUGACUUUGUGGCCGUCUCGCUAUGUGUAGAACCCGAGAACAGUUCUCUCUCUCUCUCAUCCCCCCUUUAGAAUGAAUCCCUAGGUCGCUGCAUGUUUUCUGUCAAAUACUCUGGUUUUGGUGGUAUCUGUCUCUUCCAUUUUCAACUGCUCGGUGCGUUUGUCUGCAGAUUGUGUUAGCGAGACGAAACGCACUGAUCGCUGCUCCCGGUUGGUCGGACUGCGGAUUCUGAAUUUUCCGGUACCUCUCAGCGUUGAUCGUGCUGCAAUUUCCUUGGAAUGGAACAGCAGUGACGUAAGAAAAAUGUCUUCUCAAGGGAUGAACUUUUGGGUGACAAGAGAUGCUGAUUCUCAACCUAAGGGAGAGAUUGCCAUCACUGGUUUUGAUGACAAUGCCUCAGCGGGAAGAAGCAAACAAAAGCGUGGCCAUCAGUGGGUUACGGAUUCGUGUCAACCGGAACAUUUAGACAACAAGAGGCUAGCAACUGAAGCUGUCAACAGUAAGCCAGCAUUGAAGAAUGUUCCUACAUAUGGAAGUGCAUUUCCUUGGCCUAACGUCUCCGAAUUCCAGCUGCUCUCGGGCCAACCUGGUGGCCGCGAUUUUGGUUCUGAGGCAUUGGUCAGUGGAAGUGUGGCUGAUCAGAACCAGCCAUCUGUUGGGAAUGGAAGUAUGUAUGUGCGGACGAUGGGAUUUGGUGGGCAGCGUGUUAGAGACUCCUCUAUGGGUUUAUCUUUAACUCACAACAUUGAAGAUCACUCGGGUAGCACCGGUCUUGGUGGACUCAGAAAAGUGAAAGUUAGUCAAGUUACAGAUUCAAUUUCGGUAAGCACUACCUUCAAUAAGAGUGAUGGUGGUGGCUCCAUGACUUUGCCCCCUGCUUAUAGUAACUGCACUGAGAAUGAUGUGUCUGUUGAAAGAAUCUUCAGCAAGACAGAUGGAAAUUUCGUUUCACCCAUGGGUCAUUAUUUCAACCAAGGAAAUGGAUACUCCAUGCCGAUGACUUAUGGUUGUAGUAACCAGGAAAGUGAGAACAUUUUGUCUAUGGGACAGCCAUUUAAUAAGGCUGGAACCAGGUUCAACCAAAUGGGCCCGGCAUAUGGAAAGAAAGACAACGCUCUCAUGUCAAUGGCUUCCCUAGAACACGAGGGUUCCAUCUUGAUGAGCCCAAAUCAUGCUAAACCAAACGAGAAUUUCAUCUCCACAGUUCAUUCUAACUGGAAGAGAGAUGAUAAUCUCGUAUCGAUAUAUCCAUCAUAUGGAAACUCUAGCAUCAAAUCAAUGGAUCCAACUCCAGGCAUAGCAGAAUCUGGGAUCCCAUGUCUUGGUCACAACUACAACCACAAUGCUCUUGACAAUGCUGUAUCUUUCGGGGCCUUUUCUGUGACUGAGAUGACUGCCUCUAGUGCUACUGUUGGUGGUGGUUAUGGCAUGUUAAUUCCUGGUCAGAGUUCAGGUCAAACUUCAGCAAAAAUAUUAAGUCAAAAGAAUUUGGAGCAGCAGAGUACAUGCAGAGAGGCAGAUGAUGCUCCAAAUGCUAAUUUGGCAGGCGAUUCAGCCAUCAUGAAUAGAAAGCCAAAAGAGAAGAAGGAUGCUAUGAACAACUUCCCUACCAAUGUCAAGAGUCUGCUAUCGACUGGCAUUCUUGACGGGAUCUCUGUCAAAUAUGUUUCCUGGUCAAGGGAGACAAUUGUUAAGGGAACCAUAAAGGGAACAGGGUAUUUAUGUGGCUGCAAUGAGUGUAACUAUGGCAAGAGUGUAAAUGCCUUUGAGUUUGAGCGUCAUGCUAAUUGCAAGACAAAACAUCCCAACAAUCACAUUUACUUUGACAAUGGGAAGACCAUCUAUGGUGUUGUUCAAGAGUUGAAGAACACUCCUCAGGAGCAGCUCUUUGAUGUGGUCCAGACUGUAACUGGGUCUCAGAUCAAUCAAAAGAAUUUCCUCUCGUGGAAGGCAUCUUUUCAAGCUGCAGCGCGUGAACUUCAGAGAAUCUAUGGAAAGGAUGAGGUUGUACAAUUUUGAGAUUGCGAUCCUUGAUUCUGUGGAAAUUUUGGGUGGUAUGUAAUCUGUGCAUAGCCAAAACAUCCAAAAAUUUCAGUGAAAGAUAGAAAUGUUGGGAUCUUCAGUCUUUCGUUUAACAAAAGAAUGCCUAUAAAUUUAUCAUCACUCGGAAAAUUCAGUAAAUGCCUUGUGAUAGGAAAUAGAGUUGUCUGUCUUAUGUUAUUUGAGAAAGUAAAAACACCUUUUGCAGAUUUGUCAAACGUAAGGUCUUAAAAGUGUCCCUGGAGUUUAAUAGAAGAAUAAUUUUCUCCGACUUAAAAUUUAAAUUUGACAGACUACAUAAUGCUCUUGUGAUAGUUCUGGCCGGCAGUUUUCUGGUAAUCUCGUUGUGCAUGAUACCACCAGUUUAGAUAUUCAAGCAGAUUUCCUCAUUGGCUCACUAUCUAUGCAUCCCUUUGGUUUAGAUGUCUAUUUUGAUGAGAUGAUUGAACACAAAGCUAGGAGAUGUGUUGAUGCUUGCUUGCAGAAGGGUGAAACUUGACUAGCAUAAAAUCUCUGUUGUAACUACACUGUUCAUAGAUUGGCUGUUGCUGAUUAUGUCCCAUGGCCUUGGCAAAUUCAGAAUUAGUCUUCGAUCAUUGGUAGUCCACAUUGCUCCCCAAUUUGCUUGUUAUUGCCACUGCUCCACUAUCUUCGCUUGGAGAUGCAACUGUUCUAUUUUUUUCUCGCAGCACUUCAUUAUCUUAUAUCCAUUGUUGGGCAGCUCAGCUACAACCAUGUGCGUCCACUUACUAAAGCAGGAAGAAACAUGUUGAAGGUGUUGCAGUAGGGUGUUUCUUUUCAUCCCCAUAUCAUACAAGUUCUAGCCAUGCACAGGCCUACAAAAAUAGAAACAUGCUCAAUCUCUGUAUUAUGGUAGAUUGCAUGUAUGCAGCUUGUUUUUAAAGAGUUUAAGGAGGACUUUAAAGUUCUCCAUUACUGUUAAGCAAGCUGAGAAAAGAGUAUCUCGUGUGAGAGAUGAAGAAAUUCUUCUUUGGUAUGCAUGUCAAUCAUUAGGACAAGCCAAUUACUUCACCAUAGUCUUGUCAGAUAUGCAUAUUCCAUCAAGCUGAGAAAAGAGUAUCUCGUGUGAGAGAUGAAGAAAUUCUUCUUUGGUAUGCAUGUCAAUCAUUAGGACAAGCCAAUUACUCCACCAUAGUCUUGGCAGAUAUGCAUAUUCCAUCAGGUGUGGACAGAGGAACUCAGAAAAGGAUACCUUUCUACGAUAAGCAUGCGGUAUGUGUGAAGGGUCUCCAUCUUGCACUUGCUGAAGGGGCAAACAUAUUGGUGGGUGCAAUAUUCUGCCCUUAUAAAGAGCACGCUCGAUGGUUCAGUCUUUGCUCCAGGUACAUUGAUAUCAGAACAUGCUUCUAUGAACACUUGGUUCUGCGCUUUUCAGAAAUAUCACAGACCUUUCAGUUUUAGCUAUCGAUGGCACUAGAUGUUUCUACCUUGUAUAUGUGAAUGGUUACUCUUCCUUACUUCAUAACAUGACAGUUAUUAGUCAUGAAAUUGAUGGCUUCCCGUUUCGGUUUCAAAGAAGUAUUCCACUCUCCUUGUGCUGCUGAGUAAGUUGAGUCCCAAGCAUUUUCCGCUGGUUGAUUCCUAUUGCUACUUGCUAGAUGCUUAGAUUUCCCACUCUCUUUCGACUUUUCUUAACAGGUCAGGAAUGUCUUUGCUAGAACUAAUUACAGCAUGCAAUCUGAAACUCCAUAGAAGUGUACAAAUUCCAUUGCUGUGUAAGGUAUUUGCUAUGUUGAUUUCCUUAUUCGCAAUCACCUACUGCCAUUAUGCAUAUUCUUUUUAUAAGUCGGGGUAGAUUCAUCGACGAAGUCCCAUAGAAGGCUGAAGGCAAAACCCCAAAAGAAGUGAACUGCAUCAUUCAAGACUAUUAAUUCCUUGCUUCUCAAGUCACUAGAAAAUAGAAAGACUCCUUGGUCUGUGUUUCUUGCUCUUCUGGAGUUAACUCUCUUGUUGUUUACUGGCUUCUAAAUUCCCAUAUGUAUAGAGAGAAUACAUUGAAACCGACAGGUCUAGUUUAAGUCCAUAGUUUAUGUCAGUUUUUAUUUAUUUCCUUUUUGCAGAUUAGGUUUGAUUGGGAAAUCAUAUCUCCUGAGAAAUGGAUGGUUGGGGGGUGAAUACUGAUGAUUGAGAUUGAUUUAAUUAAUAGAAGAUUUCAUU